AUGUUCAAUCAGAAUUUCGUUCUGGAAUGUGUUGUUUCAAACCCAUGUGCAGACGGUGAUCCAGCUGCUGGAAGUGAUGGCCAGUAUCUGAUCUGUUCAACCGGUGCUACAAACAUUUGUCCGGCUGGGUACUGGUGCCACGUUGGUGCUGAUAUCACUGCAUCGCUUUGCUGUCCCGGAGGAGCAACAGCGAUACCACGUUGGUACUUCGAUCGUCAUUCACGCCAGUGUGCGACAUUUACUUAUACCGGUUAUGGCGGCAACCAGAACAAUUUCCAGACAGUGCAAGAGUGCCGAGAAAAAUGUCCCGAGUUACAGUGGGAUUUUUACGAAUUUAGAGUUUGUAUGUUGAAAAUGAAUUGA